UCAUAGGCAGAUCUACGGAUUAGGAACACCUAGUGAAACCCCUGGUAGAAAACUCCUUUGAGAACAAGACAAAAGCAUGGUUUUUGGAAAAUUAGUAUUUAUUGGAUUACUACUAUCCAUAGUAUACUCCCAGUAUGUUAUUACACCAAUCAACAAUACAGUCGGAGUGUACCUACAUGAAGACGGACAAAUAAAAGUAUCCAAUGAUAAAUGGACACUAUUAGUUUAUAAAGAUUUAGAAUUAAUUAAAAAUACUAUUUUAAAUAAUGAUAAAAUAUUAGAUAAUAUUUUAAACACUUUAGAAGAAGAUGCACCACGAAUGAUAGCUUUUAAAUCAGAAGUUAAAACGCAUAUAAGUCUUUUAUUACAAAUAUCAAGAUCAAUUAAUACAAAAUAUAAUGAAAUAAUACGCGAUACGAAUAAGUAUAUUUAUAGAGAAAAGCGUGGUAUAUUUAAUGGCAUUGGGACAGUAUGGAAAUCAAUAACCGGUAAUUUAGAUGCUUCUGAUGGUGAAUAUUAUAAUGAUUGUAUAAAUAAAAUAACUAAAGAUGAAUAUCAAAUAGAAAACUUAUUAAAAAAUCAAAUAUCUGUAACGACAUCUGUAAUUAAAAGUUUAAUUCUACAAUUCAAAAAUUACAAAUCGAUGAAGAGACUUUUAAUAAUGAUAUAAAAGAAAUAAGAAAAUCAAUAAUGGACAUUUCAGAUCAAUUAAAUUAUUUCCAAUCACAAAUUGAUAUUUUAAAUAUUUGUGAAUCUCUUAUGGAAAGCUAUACCUUUUUAGAAAAUCAAAUUGAUGAUAUUAUAAAUUCAAUAACUUUUGCAAGAUUAAAAAUAUUGCAUAGUUCUAUAAUUACUCCAAAUGACUUGGUUGACUCGCUAAAGCAUAUAUCUCAAUCAUUAAAGAGAAAUAAUCUUCCAUUACCAAUUUCUGCCACAUCGAUACCUCAGUAUCUAGAUAUUAUUGAAUUGAAAGCUUAUCAGUUAGAUUCUAAAGUAGUAUUUGUUCUAAAUAUACCUUUAGUUGAACCUGAAGAGUAUACUUUAUAUCGAAUUUAUCCAAUUCCUUUGUUAGAUCAUCGUACUGCUUUACAUCAUAUCUUAAGUACAACUUAUAAAUAUAUUGCGCGUAGCGAUGAUUCAUUGUUGUACAUAAUAAUUGAAGAUCCAGAAGCUUGCAAAUCAACAGGCAGAAAAACAAGAAUUUGUUCCAACAUAUUUCCAUAUCCAAUCGAUAGUGAUGCUAUAUGUGAAGCUCAACUAUUGAAGCAACAAGAUCACCUGCCAAGAACCUGUCAAUCUUCUUUGAUCAUGGCAAAAGAAUAUAACAUAAACAAAUUAAAUUUAAACUUUUGGUUAAUAAUUAUCUCAGAUCCUUUACCAUUAACAAUUAAAUGUGGAAAUAGAGACAUUAUUACAAAAAUCUUAAAUAAUAAUACUCUUUUAAAGUUACAAAGUGAAUGUAUUGCUUUUGUUGGCAGUACAAGAAUUCAAGGUCAAAAAGACAUUAAUGUUUAUGAUAAUGUAACAUACAAUACUUUUCCAAUUCAAAUACCAUAUAGUUGUUGCAGUAAUAUUCCUGAGAAGAUCAAGAUUCCAAAUCUGAAACCACUGAAAUUGAGCAAACUGAAUCUAGAAGAUUUGAGUGUUGCAAAUCACAAGUUAAAUGAAUAUUCCGAACAAUUGAACAAUUUGAUCAAUGAACCUUUUGUGAAGAAACACCAUGGUUGGUUUACAAUUUUAACCAUAAUUGUAAUUGUCACCUUGGUCCUGAUUUACAUCUUCUGCAAAUGCAAAUCCCGUAGAAGAUCACGAAUUGGAAUUGCAAUUUCUCAUGAUGACUACCCACCAUCACCUCCAAGAAAUCAAGUUGAAUCCACUUUCUCCAAAUGGAAGAAAAUACUGCCUCGUAGAAGACCCAGUAUCCAUUUAGAAGAACCUAUUGAAGAAGAAUCUUUUGAACUUAAUCCUAACAAGAAUUCAGUCUAAAAGUUAUCUCCACGCGUUAACUUUUAUCUAAAAGGGGGAGUUGUUAUAUCCAUAUUUAACCUUCAAAUGACCUUAUUUACUCUUUAUACUUAUUUAUUGUUAUUCAUUGUUUAUUCCAAAGUUAAACGUAUAAGUUCGUUCUAAUAUAACUCAUAAACAAUCAUAUUAUGUUUCUUGAGAAUCUUUCCAACUACGAUGUUCCCAUGGUCUCUUCAGUAAACAAGUCGCAGUUCCAUGAUGGGAAGCGAAGACUCAGCAACUUUAAGAAUAUUUAAGCCGAUCUCUUUCCCAGGAGGAACAACUCUCGAACGCAACUCGUAUCCGUGUCGUAUCGAAGUUCAUAUAAUAAUUUUGUAUCUUUAUUAAAACUUAAUAAAGUGUUUUUAAGUAUUUUAAUGUUUUUUUAAAAUAAUAAAAGUGAAAGAUAAAAUCUAACAAUUGGCGCAGUCGGUAGGAUAUUCACAAAACGUCGGUAGAACACGAGUAUUCUAACUACCAACGGUGGAUUCCAAUCCUUCAAGCGAAAGAACUUACGAAAAAUCAAGAAAGAAAAUUAAGAAAAAUCAAGAAAGAAAAUUAAGAAAAAUCAAGAAAGAA